AUGAAUACUAUAGAGAUGCAGAUGUCUGAUGAGAACAUUGAUCGUGACGCAUUUCAUGAGGUUUUAGGCUCCCUGUACCAAGACUCCGUGUUCAUCCCACCCAGCCGAGUCCUCUCCAUCCUGGCCACCGCCAGCAUGCUGCAGCUGGACAAACUAAUUCAGCAGUGUGGGGAAGUCAUGAAGGAGAAUGUUAGUGCCCAGACCGUGUGCAGCUACUACUACUCUGCUGAGAAAUACGGCCUCCCAAACAUCAGCACUAUGUGCUUCCAGUGGCUGCUGGACAACCUGAUGACCCAGCCUAAUGAGCAGCUAUUGCGAGAAGUGAGCCUGGAUCCCAUGAAGGAGCUCAUCGCAUCUUCAGAGCUCCUCGUGAUGGAGGUGGAGAUGGACGUGUACACCAAGCUGAAAAAGUCCAAGAGGGAGUUGGAGGGCACCGCUUUCCUGGAGACCCAGCAGGGCAGAACCUUCGUGCCAGUGUUCCAGCAGCUGUGUCUGGCCUACAUAAUCUGCGACCUGUCAUCAGCACACACCAUCGACCACGAUGCAGUGAUCCCUGCCACUUGGCUAAACCCAGUGUACAAAGAUCAGUGGCUUGCCCUCCUCCAGGCUGCGCAAACCAGGUAUCUCCGGAUCUUUCACAUCAAUGUGUCUGGCCUCCAUCGGAACAGCAUGCUCUUCGGGGCCAAGAUCCGCAGGGAUGAGAUGUGCAGCUGGCGUUGGACCGGCUUCAACUUUGGCUGGGACCUGGUGGUGUCCUACACCAACCGGCGCCUCAUUUUCCGGCGCAGCGUGGUGAACAAAUGCGGCGGUCCCAGGGUCAGCCUACUCUGGCAGAGAAAGAUUGCAUUCUGCCUGCGCUUGGCUUCCUUGGACAGGACUGGAAGUGCCGUUUUCAGGAAGGACACAAAAUACAAGAUCCUUUCCCUGUAA